CAGGAGUUCAUCACAUUCGGUCGGUUCCAGAUUUUGUGCAACCACCAUUCCAGAAGAACGAUCAUGCACAUGUGAUAGAAAAAUGAAACGUUGCGCAAGAUUGGCAUCCAGAAUACGUGUUCUGUCAACCUAAUUAAAGAGACAGUGAAAUUAAGUUUGACAUUGGAUGCUAAAUUUAAGGCACAGCUGUGAAUUGGCGAUCAUACACACACGGGAGAUUCCUGUACCGAUUGCCUUUUUUUGGGUAACGUUACCUGGCGCCAACGCUGUCCUCCUGAAAUUCUUCCGAGCCAAGCAAUGAAUUCGGAUCGAGAACCACCGAAUUUGGAAUGUCGCGGUCUUAUAUAAAGGAAAAUAAUCUCUCGAUUCAUGCGUCCCUCAAAAAAUAUUGAUAGCCUUGCAAGUAACCCUCUCUUCUUCUUUUUCACAUCAUUCUCUCUCUCCCCAUUGACUUAGGAGAGAGACAUUAAUAACAAAUCGAAACCUUCUUCCUAAAUCAACUGAAAAAGAGGGAUCAUGGGUGGAUGUGCUAGCGUGCCCAUCAAGUUCAAGAAGGCUGAGGCUGGCGGAGCCCCCCCGGAGCCCACGGUGGAGGAAUCGGUUCCCGCCCCAGCCCCUGCCGCCGCCCCAGCAGCGGAAGCCGCCGCCGAAGCCGCCCCUGCCCCUGUUGAGGAGCAGAAGAUUGCAGAGGAGGUGAAGACCGAGGUUGAGGCAACCAAGGUGGAGGCAACCGAGGUGGAGGCAACCGAGGUGGAGGCGACCGAGAAGCAAGAAAAAGCCGAGACUGAGAAGAAGGCAGAAGACGAGAAGGAUGCUCCCUCUCUAGGAACCUUGCUCGAUAAGGAUGAAGAAAAGAAAGAGAAGAAGAGCGAGGGAGAGGCUGCUAAGGCAGGCGAGCCCAAAAAGGAAGAGGUGACAAAGGAAGUGAAGGCUGAGGCGGCCAAGAAAGAGUAGAAGGACAAAAGAAGCGACAGGAAGCCUAGGCCAAGACAAGACUAUUGAGUCAAAAAUUAUGUUUAAGAAGAAAGGGCUUUCUAUUGAUGCUGACUAUUCUUGAAUGAACCCUGAAUUUAUGCAGCGAUUUCCUAAAGAGUCUCUCUAAUCAAGAGAUUGAAUCAAUCAUCAAGCGUGCGAGCCAUAUCCAUUCUUUCUGUUGUAUCGAACUGAUGUCUUUUUUCUUUCUUUUUCUUUUUGAAUCUUUUUUUGUCAUGUUAGAGGGCGUGUUAAUUGUUACGAAAAUCAUCUAAGUGUCUUUUAAUUGCUUUCCCGGAAAUAAAAGUCCCUUUUGUAUUC